AAAGAAUUAAGUUUUAGCGGAGACUUUCAUCUGGGCGUUCUUGAAACUGAUCAAAACGACAUAGUUUCAGGAAGAAGAGAAUGAGCUUUCCUGAUCCUCCUCCACCAAUACUACUGAACCAAGAACAGUCUGAGUUGAAUCCUCAGUUUGAUCAUGCACCGCCAUUUAAAAGACGGAGGAAUUCAGAAAACAACCAACUGAGUUCAGCCUCUUUCCCACCUAUGAAUCCGAGGGUUAAUUUGCCAAAUGUUCCGGGAAAAGGAUCCGGCCAUAUAUUUUAUAAGACACGCCUGUGUGCAAAGUUUUUGGAAGGGAAGUGUAGGAAUGGUGAGCAUUGCACAUUUGCUCAUGGUGCUGAUGAUCUGCGAGAGCCUCCUCCCAAUUGGCAGGAUCUCGUCCGUGAAAAGGACAGAGUUGCAGGUAGUUGGAAUGAUGAUCAGAAGAUAAUACCGAGGGUGAAAAUUUGCAAGUUUUACAAUGGUGAGGAGUGUCCGUAUGGAGAAAACUGUAAUUUUCUUCAUGAACGCCCACCAAAAUUUAAGAGUGAUAUGGUGAAAGAUCAUAUGGAAAGUUCUGCAAUAAGCAUAGCAACUACAAAUUCUAUCACGGCAAGGCGAAGUGGUUCUGAUCAGCUUGAGAGUCACAAGCAUGCAAGUGUUGAUCUAGACAUUCAUCGACCUAAACUUGCGUUUUGGAAAACAAGGCUAUGUAGCAAAUAUGAGAUCACGGGCCAAUGUCCCUUUGGAGAGAGGUGCCACUAUGCUCAUGGAAAAUCAGAGUUGCAGGCAUUCAGUGGCAGAAGUGACACUGGGGAAGCAACAAACUUUCCCACCGUUCCAAUCGAGCCUCUCUCUAUUGCCGCAGGCGAUUCAUUUUGCCGCGCUAAUCAAGUGGCUUGGAAAGAUGAGCCAGGGGGCAAGAAGUUUCAUAUAUGGAAGUUGACAAAGAAAAUCAGUGGAAUUUAUGCUGAUUGGAUUGAUGAAGCAAAUCCACCUCACCUUUUGUAUGAUUCUGAGAUUCUGAGAUAG